AUGACCGCCAUCAUGUAUGACAGAGGAAGCAUUCGCCGAGCAGAGGCCAGCCAACAAAUCGCUCUGCUGGUAGAAAGGAUCUCUCUUUCCAGCAACAUGCAGUAUGGGGAUGUUAAUCCGCAGCGACAUCGUGCGAGGAUCAUACCGCUGGAGUAUGGCGAGAUCAUGCUCCUCCUUGCCGCCACGUGCCCACUGUUCGGGGGUUGGGUGACUUGGCGAGUUGGAUUCGCAGGAUUUGUGAGUUGGUUCCCAUUCCAUGGAGGGGAGAGGAAGUUCAUGGCUUUGUUGUCGUUACAGAUGCAAGGUAUGAAGCAGACACUAUGGAGGAGUAUAUGUAGAGAUAGUGAUAACCCCAAAAGGAGGUCUACCUAG